AUGCGCAGCGCCGCGUCCAGGAUCAUUCCCCGAGAAGGCGGAGCCUCUCCCUCCCGGCGGGCGAACGGUGGGGGAAGACAGAUCACUGGGAUCGCGGCGGCACCGCGAAGACAUCGCGUAAAUCAAGCGAUGGCGGGACAUCCAUCACGGCGCGACCCACCAUCAAUCGCUCCUGAAAUAGCCAUGCUCCUUCCAAACGGGCCUCGACAAAAUCCUGCACGUAGCUUCUACCACCGCAUAACGUAUUCAGACCAUGGGAAUUGA